AUGGAGGGGACCAAUCUUUUUCGGGUAGAAGGCAGUUUUGACAGCUGUUUCCCGGAUUCUCUUACACUUGAGGAUGGAGAUUUAGUGCAGUUUUUGCGGGAAGGAGAGAACGGUCAAUGGUUAGUGAAGAAACUGGUUUCUGAGAAAAGCGACUGGGUUCCUUCCAGUAUAUUGCAGCCAGCAGAGGGGGACAGUAACAACAUAAUUAAGAACAGCAAUGCAGCAUUUUCCUCCUGCUUUGCUGAAGUGGCCCUGGGGGUCAAUCUGCCUGCAGAAACCACAUCCUUCCACCAUACAGCUACUUCUGCUCAGCCACUUUCCUUUUGCCAUUCUUCACCCCAUCAAGGCACCACAGUUCAUUUUAACAGCACAGGGUCUCUUAAAACAACAGCCAUAAGCCGUAGAACAACUGUGCAGACAACAGACCAGCAUCAGGUAACAAAAGCACCAGGCCAUCACACAACAGCCCAGGCAGGAGCAACCAGCAUACAAGUGACCACCCAGAAAUCUCCCACAUCAGCAGACAACACAACUGCAGCCGGUCAGGCUACAACCCAGGCAAUGGAAACAGUUAGACCUGCAGUGAAGAACACAACCAUAUACCCUAUGUCCUCAAUCAAGCAAGCCAGAACACAUGUGAGCACAGAAAUGACAGCAGCAACCACAAACACAACCGUAAAGCAUACAAUACCAAAUACACAAACGACAGCUGCUGCCAUAACUACUACAGCUGCCACCAUGAAAACUGUAAAGCCCACCACAGGAUCAGGAAACCAAACAACAGGGCCUAAAAGUCCAACAGCCACAGCCAUGACCAACACAACAACCAUUCGUCCAGGUACUCAAACAACCAUCCCAUCUACUAUGAUGACAGUGAGACCCACUCUUGCACCACAGCCUUCUCCCAUCCCCACUGGCGAAUACACCGUUUCCAUUGGGAACAGGACCUGCAUCAAAGCGACCAUGGGUUUGCAACUGAUGGCUCAAAAUACACAUAAGAAGCAGAUGGAGUACAUGACCGUCAACCCCAAUGCGACAGAGAUAUCUGGCAGCUGUGGGACAGUGCAGUCUGAGCUGAACAUGACUUUCAGUGGAGGGUUCAUAAAAUUCACCUUUGUAAAGCAAGCUCCAACAUACUAUGUCAGUAAAAUUGAGACCAGAUUACAGUUAUCUUCUGAAGGUAUGCUUUACUAUGCAGCCAUACAUCAGAAGCUGUUUACAACAAAGCUGGGGAACUCCUUUAAGUGUGUCAGCAAGCAAACCUUCAGCUUGGAGAAGAACUUCCAGCUACUCCUUGUUAAUAUGCAGCUGCAGGCAUUUGAUAUUGUCGGUAACACGUUUGGAAAAG